AUGUCGAGGUCGCUGGCAAUACGUCUCAGGAAAUGUUACUUUGGCCUGCAUCCUCGUUACCCGAACAUACAACUGCCAAUGAGCGAAGAUCUUUUCCUGUCCAAUGCAUUCUCGCAGUCUAUGCGCCCUCUAAAAGUAGUUCCCUACUGCUACAGGGCUUCAAGGACAUUCGAACAGCACAAUAUUAGCAUCACCACUCUCGUCACAUUCAAUCGAUUCAAGGUCUUUUCCGAGUUUGUGACACACUACCAAGGUCCGAUUUCUGCAACCGUCCAUGUCAAACCUAGUGCAACACACGCCCUUCUGAAUGCUUUGCAUGACCUAUAUGCGUCAACGCCUGCGAUGGCUAGUCUAGAUGCUAAGAUUGACCGAAUUCUUAAGGAGGGACAUGCUGCUUUUGUGGAAGUCACUGAAUGGUUAUUUCUUUCGCUGGUCAAGGCGAAGAAGAUCGAUGUGUUCCAUCGCACUUGGGCUCCUGGCCAUAACGGCACCGAUUAUCCGCGAUUCUAUUCCGUCGCCCCUGGUGAAGUUUACAUGGUCACGCAGUACCACCCCACAUACGAGCCUGGCGCGAUCUUCAGAAAGGAAGGGCCACCAUGCCGCGAUGAACGCUUUGUUGGAUAUGAAGGGAACAAGGCCGCUUGUCUCUACGAGAUGUACCUCUCCAGCAUGUCGUUUUAUUUCCUUGCAGAUCACUUCCUCGUGCACCAGAGUCACGCAUACGAGGAAGCGCGAACACUUGAUGACAGACUCAAGGCGAUGUUUCAUGGGAUCGCCGAAGUUGUAAGUGAUGGUUACGAUGAAAUCGACGUGCAAGCCUGCAAAGAACGAGGUAAUAUCCGCUUUCAGUCAGAAUCAACUGUUGCUAAUGUGACAAUGGUGCAUGCGGAUCUGCCCGGACGGAUCUCUUAUCACAAAAUAUCUACAGUCUUGGCCAGUCCAUAG